AUGAUGCUCCGACUGUUAAUUCUAUCAGUGUCUGGAUUGACACUUUGCCACGCCAUCUUCUUCGGAAUGGGUGGAGGUGGCGGUGGUGGGUGCUGUUGUGGAUGUGGAACACCUCAACCACCAAGUUGCGGAUGCGCUCCAGCGUGUCCACAAGCGCCAGCGUGUCCUGUCUGCCCACCGCCACAACCUUGUCCAGCUCCACCAGCAGCGUAUUGUCCCCAAGUACAACCAGUUUAUGUUGGUGGCGGAGGAGGUGGAUGUGAAGGUGGCUGUGUAGGAGGCAGUGGUGGUGGUGGCUAUGCUUCAGGUGGAAGUGGAAGCAGUGGAGGAGGUUACGGUAGAGCUCCAGUAUCUCUUCCAGCUCCAUCAGCCGGAUAUUCUGGACCACCACCACCAAUCCCAUCUAGUGGAAGUGGAUAUUCUAGCAGUAGCAGCAGUGGUUUCUCUGGUGGAAGUAGCAGUAGUGGUGGAGGAUAUUCAAGUGGAGGAAGCAGUGGAGGUAGUGGAUACUCUAGUGGUGGAAGCUCGGGCGGUGGAUACGGUGCUGCUGCUGCCGGAGCCACUGCAGCACAAGUUGAUGAAGCUACGGAGUCAGAUGGAGAACCACCAGCCGAUCAGGUAUUCCACUCGCCAAAGGAACCAUGCACUCAAACUGUCAAAUAUAUCAUGCUUCGAAGCAGAAAAGUACCAGGAACAGAGACUACCGAGUUGGUAGAGGAGGAGUUGGAACAAGUGGCGAAUCCAACCCACGUGGAAGCUACAGCAAACCCAUUGGAUACUCAACUUGGAGAGGAGAUCGCUGCACAGGAACAAGCAGCAACCGGAAAUUCAGAAGAUACCGAAGAUGCUGAGUCAGCUAGUUCGGGAGAGUUCAAGGCGAGAGCUGCUAAAACUGCAGUGACAGAUGAGAAGUGUAAUAGUAAAAUACUUCAAAAGCUUGUUUUAUCGAACAUUGCUACAAAUGACGCUCUAGCUUCAAAGAAGGCGAUCCAUGAAAACGCUCUUCAACAAUUCCCAGACAGUAGCGUCGACGUAAUCUGCUCCACUACCGGAUUCACGUAUCUCGUCAGCACAACAGAACAUUGCGAAGCCCAAAAAGACGGUGUUAUCUGUUUCGUGUACAAGCGUCCUUUGUAA